ACUGCAGAGAACAUUUGACAGAGUUGCUUGUUUCUACCCUGAAAAUUGAAGAAAAAUGAAACCUUUGGUAGACGAUGUGUAAUGUUGCUCUGUUCCUCUUUGCUCAGAGCUCCAGAGGUCCACUUAGGGUUGGCCUACAGUGAGGAGAUCGAUAUGUGGUCGCUCGGUGUGUCCGUGGCUGAGCUGGCUAUGGGAACCACACCGUAUCCCGGACUUCAUCCCUAUGAUAUGAUAAAGUUCAUCGUGGACACUCAGGGUCUGCCCCCAGACCGCUUUCUCAGGUUGGGACCACACACCAACCACUGCUUUGAGAGAUGGCGCAUCAACAGUCAGGACACCUGGACACUGAAGACUCCUGCACUGAUUCAGGUGCAGACGGGGCACAAAUUCUCUGGCACCAGAGCAGUGGUAUUGACCUGUCUGGAGGACAACAUGGAGGAAGGUGCUCACUCGUGGCCUCUCAGUCAUUCCUUCAACCACCUUCAACAAAUGUAUGGCUCCAAUGUUUAA